GUCUCUGGUCCUCGCAGUGCCCCGAACAACAUAUUCCCCACGGAUAUUCCCAUCUCCCCUUCUGCUUCGCCAGUGCUCUAUACGGAUACCGGAGGCGGCACUGGAAACAUGACCAGACAUCGCUGUCCAAUCGGUCUCAGUUACCGUUCGAGCGCACAUGGGUCGUCAACGGACACGGUGGAGGCAGGUCAACAGUCCUCGUUCGAGUCAACGGUGUCCGGUUUACAACGCAUCACUGAAGCUCGUCCGACGCUCUCGCUCACUAUUAAUGUAAAUUCGGUUGUUGUCUACUUGAGAGGUGUGUCGGAAAGCAGCAGUUCGGCUCAACUGAUUAGUCAGACGUCUGGUGAGGUGUCAAUCGAGACGUGGAUUCGAAGGCUUGCUAACGGUCAUAAGGACAUGCUUGGGGCUCUUAUCUCAUCGAUCCGGAUAUUUAGUGGCAAAGGGUUCCGCGCUUUGUUGGAUCGUAUGUGGCAGCUGUCGAAACGAUCCAGCACUUCACCACAUGACGUCUUUCCUGACACGCAAAUGCUACAAUCGGCAUUACAAACCAACUUGCGGUUUUGCAUGGAUGAUCUGAAGAACGAGUUGUCGAGAACGUCACAAGGUGUUUGUCUGGCUGUAGAGUCUCUGUCCUACUAUGACAAGGAGUUUCGCGUUGUCCAUGGAUCGCGAAUAAGCCACGACUGGAAAUGGAGGAGUAACGUGCUCGGAGUAUUCAAAGUGCAUGAGAAUCAGACGUUGGCUGAAGUCGUCAACACCGUCAUAAAUAACUACGAUCUCGACAAAAAUCUGCUAAGGAUCACCUGUGCCGGUGGUGGCGAAGAGUUCUCACCCGCUAAGUCAUUUCCUGAUAUCAAGGAAAAGCUUCGAGAGGUCCUUCAUGCUGUUCUGUCCUCCUGCUCUGUUCCGCUACUUCCGUCAAUAGCAUUGGUCGAGCAAAUCGUAAAAACAUUUCUCGAAUCAGACGUUCGGCUGCCGUUCCCGUCUCAGUGCAGUGGUGAUGACAUCUUCACUUUCUACCCACUUCUUCGAGAUUUCAACUUCCACUUCCAUGACAUCAAGGAUAUCAUCCAAUCUAAAUUUCAAGGUGUUGCCGGAGUGAAAGCCAGCGAACUUCUGAUCAGAGAACAGACGUCGACAAUAACGGUUGAGCAUCGAAUUGCAGCGAUACUGAAUCCACGACAUAAUAGGAAAUUGAAUCUCAUUUGUACAGAUCAUGAA